UGCCGGAAAGAGCGCGCCAUACUACAUGGGAUCGACUGCUAGUCUACCAAGAGGAGCCACCCUCCUGAGAACCUACUCUCCGGCGGUGGCUGCCAUCCCCGCGGAACGCAUCAAAACUCUUCCUACGGGUGCGCCCCCCAAACCGCAGCGAGCGUACAGCACUGGGGCGCCGCGGUCGAGUGAUGGCCCACCUAGACCUCCAGAUCGAUUCGUCCCAUUCCAAAGGCCCGCCAACCCCUUAUAUAACAUACCAGAUGGAUACAUGUCUUCGCCAGAGAGGGGUUCAAGAUACGAAGAUCCAUAUUACAGUCAGUACGCUACCAGAUCUGGGUCCAUCACCCCAGUUAUAGAUGAAGAGAUUAGAAUCGUUUUCAGCGAUACGGAGUUACUGGAUGAUUCGUAUUCUUUGUAUGGAGUGAAAUUGCCACCAGGAAGCGGUCCCAGAGUGGCCCCCAGGUCUCCUUUUCCCCAGGCUUCGGUUCCUUAUGACGCCACAAGAUUGCGAGUAGAAAAUAUGGAAAGGCAGCUGGCAAACUUAACUGGUUUGGUGCAGAAGGCCCUUACCCAACCAGCUGCGACCCAUCUUCAGGUACCAGGAAGAGAGAGCUAUCGAGAUGAUUCGUACCUCCGAUCUGACAGCAAAGCACCCAAAUUGGGUAAAAGUGGCUGUCAUAAGUCCGUAUCUUUUGAGAAAUCGGUAUCGUUCAGUGACGAGCCCCCAGACAUGAACUCGCCCAAGCAACACAGCCCCCAGCACGCAGCGGACACUAAACCAGCAAAGCCUGCAAUAAAAUCUUCCACUCUCCCUAGAACUUCUUCCCAGGAAAGAGACCGUCUGAAGCCAGCUCCCCCACCAAAACCAGCGUCUCUGUCUCCUGGCCAGUACGACAGUCGGAUAUACAGGGAUCUGCAACUCACCCCCGAGAUGUACAACCAACUGAGAGGCUUGCAGAAAAAGGCCAAGGACCUCAGGGCGGAAGUGAGGAACUUAAGAAGGAUGUCACAGGCACAGGCGCAUUCUGUAAAGGAAACUAUAAGGGACACCUUCAUCAAGAUCAGAGCGAUGCUGUUGGCCGGCGGGGAGCAGGUUUGGCAAGCAGGCAUGGAUCAAGAACGUGUGCGACUGACUCGUGAGGAAGAUUUAUACAAACAAGAAAUGCUAAGGCUAGAAAAGGACCUAAGCGAUCUAGAGGCGACGGUAGAGGAACUUCGGGGCAACGUCAUUAAUAGAAAAACAAGGGUGAACAUGUCUGAUGUCGAGAACAUGGCGCUGGUGCUGAGUAAAAGCUCUAAAACGGUUGCUGACUUAAAACUAAGAUUUCCCGGCCUACAAGAUGGGAUGAAAGCCUUCUUGAGUACAGAAAUGGAAAAGGUGAUGCGAGAAGAGAAAUUCCUCAAAGAGGAACCCGAGCGUCUCGAAAGCGCCCUCAGGCGUUGCAAAAAACUGACAGGAACCCUUGUCACUCUUAAGAGACUUGCUAGUGUUCAGGAGCAAAGGCUUCCAUGCUCGAAUUCAAAUGACGGACGCCUGUCGCCCACCUCUACCGAGACGCCACCAGUGACGCCAUCGUCAACGCACAGCAAGCCCCCUACCGCUCCACGUGUGGGGUCGCUCCUCGUCGGGGGAGACAGCAGCCCCUCCGACAGUGGCCAGCGUCCGGAGAACGCACUCGACGCUCUGCUAGACGAGUUGCAAACAUUUUCCAAACCCCACUCCAACGCUCAACCCCAAGACACCUCCGACCCACCCGCAAUCCCCGUCAAGGGCAACCGCCCUCCCCAAAUGUCGGAGAUCGGAAGAAAGGGCAGUAUGGACUCGGCCUCGUUUCUUCCCUCGCAAAACCUCUCCGUCAGCACUGCCACGGGCAGUCUGAGGCGUUUGCAUUCGUAUCCCAGUGGGUCAGACACCGACAAUAGCCCCCCUAUCCAACCCCUGCAAAGAGAUAAUAAAACAACCGCCAAACCUCCUAUUCCAGAGAGAAACACUGAGCUUCUUCAGCAUGUAGUGACUGGAAAGAGAGUACCCCCUCCACCGCCGCCGAGGACGAGCUCUAAGUCCCCGUUGGCGUCACCGACUUCCCCAAGUUUGCCACCAAGGUCGCCUGCCACGGCCCUCCAACAUAUCCAGAAUGUCCAGAACAUGGUCGACAAGCCGAUGUCCCAGUUCGAGCAGGCCACGCAGAACCUCGGCUUACAGACUUUGCGGAGGAACGUUCCUAAUAGAUCUAGUAUUAAAGAUAAGUCUCAGACGCUGCCUAGGAAUAUAGGGUCGAACCUGCAGAUACCAGUAGAGUCCGAAGCUAUAUCGGCAAGCAACAGCAGCAGUUGCGAAAGCGUCAACUCGCAGGACGGAUCCAAGAAGACGCGGAAAGAGGAACUAGAACAAAGACACCAAGAACUUUUAAAGAAGCAAAAAGCCCUUCAAGAACAGUACGCCCGCUUGCAGCAACUCCAAAGAGGCAACAACACUUUAACCGUUAUCCCCCCAGCCCCCGACCAACUGCUAAAGAAGACAGGAAGCGAAUCCAACCUACUACAAAAGAUGGGCUUACAAUUGUCUACCUCACAGAUCACCGGCUCCCUAACAAACCUACCAAAUACUUCUGCAAACGCCGUCAGCAAGAGUACACCCACCAGCACCAACUCCAACCCCACCAACUCAUCGAACCCAGCAACACACAAUAACAUUGACGACCAAAGCAAAAUCUCCAACAACUCGAAUACGACUAAUACUCAAACUAACAAAGUCUACGAAACCGACAUACUGUGACCAACUAAGACAUGACUGCAAUCUGUAUGUUAAAAUAUGCACACAUGAUAUUCAUAUCACAAUUGGAUUGUUAUUUUUUUCUUGUUGAAUGUUAGGUGUUGAUAAGAUUAGGCUACUUCUUUGUUUAUCGAUUUUUGUUUCGGUUGCCCUUGUUACCAAAUCAGCACAUCUCAUACUUGUACUGUUAUCUAUACAAUUAGAAAAAGUUUAACAAUUUUCUUCAAAUGCAAUUUCAAUAGAACUUUAAACAUUUCUAAAGAGUAUAACAGUGACCAUGCAAUAAACUUGCAAGUUUCCUCGUCAAAACAAACAAAAAAAGUGAUCCUAAAAUUAAAGGAUCCCUGAUCUUUCAGAGAAUGGACGUGAGGCACAGUUUUUGAUCAAUUAUCUUGAAUAAUUGAUUAGAUAAAUACGAUAACAAUUUUUUUGCAUAUGUCGACAAUCUACUUCCUUAAAUCAUGGCAGCUUCCCUAAAAUAAUCAUAAAUUCCGCUACACUCAUAGAUCCACAGAACACUAAAGAAUGUAGUGUUCAAUAUGGUUGACUUGCUCAAGGUCACAAUUUUUUAUCUUGUCUUUUCUGAUUCAUAUUACGUGCAUGAGGGGUUAUAAGUCUAUUCUGUAAUUUUCUUACAGUGCUAUAAAUUCAUAUAAUAAUAUCAGAAGAUAAAGCGUAACUUUUACAAAAAUAUUUGUUUGAUUUUUUGUAGAGAUGGGCACUUCAGAAAAGUGUUACGGACAUGUCCGUUAGACAUGUUGAUGAAAUGUUCAGACAUGUCGGGAAAAAUACUUUUAACCUUGAAUCUAAUAAGGCACCUAUGAGUGACGUCAUGUUUUCACAGGUAACUGCUUGAGGGUACACAAUUACACAAAGUAAAAAUAAAUAUUACUGUUAUUCUAAAGAAUGUGUCGAUAUAUUUUAUUUAUUACCUACCUUUAGACUUUUUUAUAAACUGGUUUCCAAUUUUCCCCUGGCAGCUAAUACACUUAUUUAAAUGUUUUUCCAUCCAACCGGAAUUCCUAUAAAUGUUUUUAAGCAGAACUUACAUUUAUAAUGAUUUUACUCAAUUCAGAAAAAUAUAACCAAACUGUUGAUUUUGGCGUCACACUUCAUUUAUAAACUAUUGUGUGUAAACUAUGUGUAUUAAAUAUUAAAUUAAGAAACAACUAAUUACUAUUUACUAA